UUCAGGAGAUAUGUUGAUUUUCUUGCUUUUCACCGACGGAGGUGCGUCCCCGCGUGCACAAUGGAGACGGCGGUGAGGGCCAGGUGGCCCGGGGCCAGUUCACCAUCCGCGCUUCCCCGCUGUCAUCCCGAGGAGGACAUCGGCGGCGUUUCGAAUCGGACGGCGGACCCGUGAGACACCAUGAGGACAGUGCUAUUCGAGGAUCGCUCCGCGACGUCGCCUUGCGCUCAGUGAGUAAUGGAUCACUUUUUCAGGAGAAAGAGGGCCGGUUUGCUGAAAACUCUCCUGAGCUUGUCCCUCGUUUUGGCGUCCUUUCUCAUGAUCCUCAAGCUGAGACCCGCGGACAAGGACGGCGUCAAGUUGAAAAAAGUGAGAGACACCGGCUGGUGCGCGCCGGACUGCGUUGCGCUCAAGGGGAAGGGGUCCACGAAGACGUCCCCGGUCCGCCUCCCGCCGGUCGCGCUCGGCGACGAUGACUCGGACGGACGGCGGCCGACCGUCUCCAACUCCACGCUGACCUCCUGGGACGUCCGCGUCAUGAACUGCAGCGAGGCCGCGUCCGUGAGAGACAAAGACUGGUUCAAACGCCUGGACCCGAGAUUUCACCAGUUCGUGCUCCACAGACACUGCAGAUACUUUCCCAUGUUGCUCAACCACCCGGACAAAUGCAGCGACGGGGACGUGCACUUGCUCAUGGUGGUCAAAUCCGUCAUAGAGCAGCACGACCGGCGGGAGGCGGUGCGCAAGACGUGGGGCAAAGAGGUCACCGUUCACGGGAAGAAACUCAAAACUUUAUUCCUCCUGGGGAGCCCGACGAGCGGCAAAGACGUCAAAAACCUCCAGAAACUCAUCGAGUAUGAGGACGCCAUCCACGGGGACAUCCUGCAGUGGGACUUCAUGGACACGUUCUUCAACCUCACUUUGAAAGAGGUGAAUUUCCUCAAGUGGUUUGACAUUUAUUGCCCCGGGGUCAAGUUCAUCUUCAAGGGGGACGACGACGUCUUCGUGAACACCGACAAUCUGCUGGAUCUCAUCGACUUCAAGGCCGAGGCGCGCAAGGAGCUCAGCUUGUUCCUCGGCGACACCAUUUCCAAAGCCAUCCCCAUCAGAAACCGCCAGAGUAAAUACUACAUCCCCAAAGAGCUCUACGAUAAGCCAUAUCCACCCUACGUCGGGGGAGGGGGGUUUCUGAUGUCUGCUCACAUGGCCAGGCGGCUCUUCGUCGUCUCGGAAGACUUGGAGUUGUACCCCAUCGACGACGUGUUUCUGGGCAUGUGCCUGCAGAGGUUGCAUCUCGCCCCGGAGAUGCACCCUGGCUUCAGGACCUUUGGGAUCACCAGACGGCGGCUGAGCCCGAUGAACAGCGAGCCGUGCUUUUACAAAAACCUCAUCGUGGUGCAUAAACUGAGCGCGCACGAGCUGCUCAAAAUGUGGAGCGUGGUGCACAACGAGGACCUCGUUUGCGCCAAGAGGACCUCGGUUUGAUUGUUGCAUGUGACCAACGGGGCUGGGCGAUAAUUCAAUAUUACCGUGUAUCGUCUUUCAACGGUGUCGUAUCACGAUGCACGACGACGACAAGAAUCUAUUAUCUAAAAAUGUCUCACAAAAUUAUUUCUUUAAUAUAUUACGGAUUAUUAUGCGAAAACUAGUUUUGGUUUGAUGCUAUACUUCCCAUUGCCAGACACUUCAAUGUGAUUGACCUCAGCCGGGCUCUUAAAGUUGGUAUUUUUGCAUAUGUAAGCACAAAUGGUGACACAUGUAAAAUUCCCAGUGAUUAUCGUGAUGAUGAUGUUUGUCAUGUUGGAUGAAGCUUGUAAGAGGAGGUCACCUGACAGAACAUGUUAAGACUUACCAAUUUUUUUUGGGAUUCGGGUGAUCGUUUAUUUCAUUAUAAAAAAGAACUUAUGAAACCGUUUGCCUAUUUUUGAUGGGUUGUGGUUCACUUUCGGUAGUGUAAGCGAUUCUCUGAUACUACAGCAGGUAUUUGCUACUCGUGACAGAAGAGUUUUAUCUUUUCCCAACAUGGUGCCAAGGGGAGGAAAUGUAAAAUGAUGACAAAAAAGGGACGAUGUGUGCAAGGGAAAGUUUCUGGGAACAGAGGGACAUCCUCUUGUCUGAAUUUACAGAGGCGUUUCUUGUUAUGGUGUAAAUGAUCAACAGAUACCCUUCCAAAAAAAACAGCCUUCCACACACGCACCAGUAUGUAAAUCCUGGCAAAAUAAUGCAGUCUUAGUCUGCUGGAUUCCAGUUUUGGGAGUGAGUUGUUCAUUGUACAUGUUGACUGUUUUGCAUUGCAAAAAUCUCACAUUUUAUUUUCCCCCCUUCAGCUGAUAGCUGAUAUUGUCUCCCUCUUAUCAUGCCACAGUUACUCCAGAUCACUGGAAAAUGACCAGGCCAUAAGUAGGCAAAACAACAAUUUCUUUUUUUCAAGGCCUGAAAAAUUCAUUUGGGGGGACCUAUGGCUUUUGAAGGGAAAUGACAGUACUUUGAUUUCCUUCUUAUUGGUAAAUUUAAAAAGCUGCGUGUGACGGUCCUGUGGAACUACAGGAUGACAAACUCCAAACACCUGUGGAGUUCAACAGCAACUUAAUACAAUGAGAAACAACAAGGCCUGCUGUUGAUUCUUAUUUGAAUAAUAAAUGUUUCAUAGGGUAUUAAAAAUCACCAAAACCCAUUACUUUUCUUGUUUGUUUUUGUUUUUGUAAGUUUCCAUAUCAUUUCAUUCCAAAUUUUUGAUUUUUAUUUAAUUUUCCAUGUACAUGAGUGAUAUGUAUAGAAGCACGCUAAAGAGGGAAGCUUAACAACUGUACCACUGCAGACGUGUGUAUGAAAGUUCAUAAAACCGACCCGCUAUCGUCAACUUCACAUUCAUGUCGUGAUGGCCAAGUGCUUGAAAACCUCACACAGUCACGGGAAAAUGAUGGAAAUCAGAUCAUUACACUUGUGUGUAGUCAAACAGAAAUGGUUAACUUGUUCAGUGACUGUCACAGAUUUUUAAUAAAUUUGUCUUUGUAUGGUAUAAUAGUUUGACCGAGGUGCUAAAUAUUUUGUACAGGUGCAGCCCUGAGGUAAUCUUCAUACCUGAUGGAUGGUAAGAUUUAUAAUUUCGUCGUGUAAAAUCACAGGCAAAGCCACAUCCAGUUUAAUUUAAAUUUAUUUUACCAAAUAUAGAUACUUUUGCAGAAUAAAAUAGCUUUUGAGCCCAAAAAUAAUGUACAGAAAAUACUGAUUAAAAAAACACUCAAUAAGCAUUGAUAAAAAUGCUUAUUAUUUUACUAUUUCAACAUUUCCAUUUCCAUAUACUCUUUUAACACAAGCAAACUAAUCACAUUAAUGGGAAAAUAAAGCUAACCUGACCAAAUUCAAGUGUCGUCUUUUUGAUAAAAUCCAAAUUAUUUCCUCAUUGCAAAAUACAACAGAACUGCAGUACUGUGUGCUACGAAAUUGAGACAAUUCUACAAAAACAGCCAAAUGUUAACGUCACAGAGCACGAUCACACCCGCAUUGCAUCUUAAUAACACCUACAAGAUCCACUGUGCAUGAAGGUUUAUGCAAGAAUCUGACCGUUCUUGGAGACUCUGAUCCACUUAGCGUAAGAUAAUUUGCACAAUUCUUUGGAUCAAAACCACUACUAAGCUGCAAUGUAUAGGAUUAUGCUUAUUAAGGUGGUUGGAUCAUAACUGAUAAAAUGACCCACUUUAUAUUGUUCUUUAGACUAUUGUAUAUUGCGGUAACACAACAGCAAAUAUUUUCAAAAACUGGGUGUGCUCAAGGAAAUGUAAGUGCUUUGUUAAGUGUGUACUUCACUCUCCAAUAAAGUCGGUUCCCAUUUGAUUAUACUGUUUAGCAAAGGGUUCCCUUUCCCUGAAGAUAUUAGAAACUGCACUAGCUCCUGUUGUCCAACGUGCAGACUAAAGUAUAAGAUAUUGGUGAGUCCCACUAUGUGCUGAACAGUUUAGCAGUGAAGUAUGAUCCCUUUGGCAAAGUGCAAAUGUACUGUUGCUUUCUGACUUGCAGAACACAACAGCAUCACCAUCAAAAAAAAUUUAGAUAAAAAAGGGAUUAGUAAACGGGUACAAAAGCAUCAAGCUGACAGUAAA